AUGGUUCACAGCUGGCAAACCACGUCGCAAGUUUGGCAUCAAAGUCCUAAUGUCCCUAUCCAGCGUUCCCCCCCUCCCGUCAUCCUUGCUUAUAACCCCAUGGCUCAUCCACUAGUCUGGCCCGGCAAAUACUUCUUCUACGCUAUAGGCAAUACUAGCGCUACUUGCUUAACAAGGGACCUUCCCCCUGAAGCGCCCGCCAAUAUCUUACUGCUAGGUUGUGGUGAUGCACGCAACGUCUUGUACACCAUUUAUUGUGACACCGCGCACCUCAGUCGUAGGCUUGACUUCACCUGCUGUGACAUAGAUCCAGCUAUAUUGGCCCGCAAUGUUAUCCUAUUGACGAUGGUGGUGGAUAACCAACCUUGCACUAUCAUCUGGAACAUAUUUUUCCACUUCCGUUUGGACAAGGACUCGCACUCGACUCUGGUAAAGCAAUGCAAGAAGCUCUUGGGACUUUCCAGCACCCUCAAGGACUGGAAUGCUUCCUCUUAUGGUCGUUGCAUCAAGAUGUGUACUCAAUACACCCUCAAAGAACUUAGGCGUCACUGGUCGCUCUAUGUCCAGAUGCAGAAUUUACCGCGAAAGCGAACCCAAUCCAUCAAUGACGCUUUCACCAGACAAUCGCAGAAGAUAUUGCGUAUGAGCGGAAGGCCUUGCAAUGCAGCACGUUCUUCGGGCCCGCUGAUGAUGAAGGCGACCAAGACCAUGUCUGACCAAUUCCAGAACUAUUGGAAAACAGGGGUCACGUUCACCCAUGCGCAAGCGAUCGAUGCGGCCACGAUAAUCAACCCCACCUUUGUCUAUUCUUUAGCUGGGGAGGGCUGCUCUGUUCACUAUGGAACUGAUCCGUUGACUCCUUUUCAUCUUGCCGCUUUGUUCGGAAGCGCAAAUGACGAGGUGGCCGUCGAAGAUGCUGUCAAAGCUGCCAAGACUGAAUUCAGUGAUUGGUGCUUCACUUUCCUCACGUCCACCUCCUCCGCUUCUUUUCCCGUCAUUCGCUUUAUUGUCGGAGAUGCCACGGUAAUAUGCCGUGCCCUCCGAGCUUUUGCGAUGACAAGCACCUGCGACCUAGACAUUCCCCUUGCGCAAUGGACAACGCAGCACAUCGAGCUCAACAGAGACGAAUACAUAUCUGGCGGUGCUCCUUCCACUUUUGAUGUCAUCGAUACCUCGAACAUCGAAGACCAUGUGGGACUUUUGAAUAUUCUAGUUGCUUCCGUCCCUUUGCUAUCUUCCGCCCCUUCUAGCGUUCUUUACACCGAGUCUCUUUUUUCUCACGGAGAUGGCUUGGAGAAGGACUUCAGAGAGCGUUUGUAUGGAGAUAUAACGGUUAUGGGCCUUCUCCUUGGGUUGUGCCCCUCUGACUAUCUUUCAGGCUUCACUACUCGAUAUAACGCCCAACAGGUGGGCCAAGUAACAGCAUGGAAGUCACCUAGUUCCGUCGAUCGCAUCGCCUCUUCCCAAGAUGCAACUGCCCCACCCGUCUUCGACCCAUCCCAACUGGGGACCAUCCUCUACGACAUCUAUCGCAGCAUGUUCGAAAAAGAAGACUCUGGGCAUUUUUGGAGACUGAAUCAGGGGAAUCUGGCAGAGGCGGUCAGUGGCUCGAACAUCAUUCAUUGCACACGGGAGAGCUUCGUGUUGUUCCUUCGCCUCGUUCGAGACAGGCUCGGCGUAUCUGACGGAGCAUGGCUACAAGUCAUGGAUCGUUUUUUCGUCUUGGAGGACGCGGACACCUCGCUUAAAAUGGACACGCUUCAUUAUCAAGACUUGUGCGGGCUGUUGCACCUCCAUGGGGUAUACACUGUUCCCAUCUAUCACAACACAGUCCCGAGUACCGGUCGGUUCUCGAGUUGGGAUACCGUCCCUCCUCUCGUCCGCAUCAUCUUGAUUAUCCCGAGGGAGAGGAUAUCUGCUCUAAAGAGCUCGCUGGACGACGCUGGCACGCCUUUAUUGCAGUGCGACAUCCAGGGAAAGUGGUCUCAGAACACGUUCACUGCCGUCCACGUCUCGUUUGGGAACGUCGUAUCAUCGGGCAGCGAUGCCCACCCACAGGUGACCAUAGAGCAGGACCCGAAAGGCUGGACGGGAAGCUCGCCGCUCGUGGCUUCGUUUACGAUACCCGCCAGGCUACUCACUGAUAUCGAGUCCCCAGACGCCCUCAGCGUGUGUCUCUCGGUCAGAAGCACGCCCGCGGCGGUGCUUCUCAUGAGCAAGCUCGGGAUGAGGCUCGUCGUGUUCAGUGCGAAGCUGCUGGACAGGCGUCAGGUGCAUGUCUUGCCUGGACGACCCGUGUCGCGCGUGAGGCCUGCGUCGCCUCUGCCCCCUCCUUAUCCCGCGGUCGCGGGUGUUGUUGAUUCAAUCGGGCUGUCCGGCGCCAUAUCGGUUGAGUUGGACGAGCGGCGCGGGGUGGUUGCUUUUUUGACGUGUAGGAUGACAGUUCAAGACGAGGAAAUUAAGAACGUGUUGGCGUUGGGAGCUAAACCCCUCGUCGUCCAGAUUUCGCCCUGCGUUCUGAGAGUCACCGUCGGUAGCGGUAUACAAGAUAUCAUAUAUCCAUUCCCAGUCGUAGGGAGUGAGCAUAAGCUCCGAGUCGGGUCUCCAUCGUAUAUCGAGGUUGCGGUUCCUGCGUCUUGCUCGUCCAAGCCCGAUGGUAUAGGGUUUGAUCUGCUUCCUAUGAUUCAGACAGGAGAAUGCAUCAGUCCCUGGAACGUCCAUCGUCUUGAUCUGGCCCGUCUUCCCAGCCUCGACGUGUAUGGAUCCAAGAUUGACCAAUGGCUGCAACCGCACAUCGCUUCCAUGGCAUCUCCUCGCGAGAAGUCGCCAAGGCUCACUUGUGCGAGGGAUGCCCUACAGCUCCUCAACAACACCCUGCACACGAUGCUCGUCCACUCGAGUGGUAUCCAGGGCAAAUCGGUGCAGCGGCUCUUUGCAUGGCGAGACAAGGGCGCAGGCAAUCGUGAUCAAGGAAUGGUUUUCUUCAUCGACGAUCUGAAAUACGACCUAGGCUCUCAUACGGUAGUUUGUGACGGAUUUGUGCUUCCGCUAAACCCGACAAUUUCGAAAGAGCUCGCAAAGCCCCUCGCAGAACUGACAGCUCAAGGAAACAUAGAAAACAUAUCAGUCUCCCCGCAUGAAAUGAAGAUCUGGAGGCAGGCCCUCCCAGCCUUUGUCGAAAGAUGCCGCUCGUCGUGGAAGCACGCAGACCAUUGCGAGUAUCAAAAAUCUCAAGCGAAAAUCCCCCCUCUCGGAAACGCGGAUGAUGCCGAUUCCGAUCCGCUGUGCCAUUGCGGAAGAGGGCAAGAUGUGGAUGGCAUGUACAAGAUGGUUCUGUGGAAACCGCUGGCGCCGUAUGUGACGAGGGUGGCGUUGUCCCCGCUGUUUGCGGUUUCGUACGUGGACAGGACGGCUGGUGAGCCGGCUGCCUAUGGAGGUUUGCAAAGAGUAAAAGUGGUUUGUUCCACUUCGCUUAAAUUGGCAUUUUUGGGAGGAAUGUUGUAUUGUCUCUUACGAGCUGUAGGAUGA